AGAACAACAUGCCUGUUUCCCCAGCUAACUUCAUUUUCAUCUUUCUACUCUGCCAGCUCACAGGGUCAGCAGCCUCUAGAACCCUGAAGGAGCUGGUUGGUGCCCUUGAUGGGUCUGUGACUUUCCCUCUGAUGCACUCAGUAAAUUUAAUUGACAGCAUUGUCUGGACCUUUAACACAACUACACUUGUUACCAUACAGCCAAAAACAGCAAACAAUCAAGACAUUGUCAUAGUGACUCAAAAUCAUAACAAGAAAAGGGUGGACUUCCCACAUGGAAACUACUCCCUGAAGCUCAGCAAACUGAAUAAGAAUGAUUCAGGUGCCUAUCGUGUACAGAUAUACAGUUCAUCCCUCCUGCAUCCCUUUACCCAGGAGUAUGAGCUGCGUGUCUACGAGUACCUAUCAAAGCCCAAAAUCGCCAUGGGUCUGCUGCAGAACAAUAAGAAUGGCACCUGUGUGACCAAUCUGACAUGUUCCAUGGAACAAAGAGAAGAGGAUGUAACCUACAGCUGGAAGUCCUUGGGGCAGACAGCCAAUGAAUCCUUUCAUGGUUCCAUCCUCCCCAUAUCCUGGAGGCCGGGGGAAAAGGACAUGCCCUUCAUCUGCAUGGCCCGGAACCCUAUCAGCAGCAACUCUUCAAAUCCCGUCUUUCCCCGGAAGCUCUGUGAAGGUGUCACUGGUGACCUAUAUCCCAUCAUAGCUCUGAAUCAGCUGUGGAUGUGCUUACUGCUCAGUGUCUUUAUACUGGUGACAAUUACUUUCAUUAUGUGGAGACAAAAAAGAAAAGGUAGAUCCAUUAAAGAGAAGAAAAUGGACACUCAUCAGGAAAUUCUUAACUACUAUCCCCCGUCUGGAGAGACCUCAGAGUAUGAUACAAUCUCUAACUAUAAUAAAACUAUUCCAGAAGAAGAUUCAGUAAACACGGUUUAUUCUGUGGUGCAAUUACACCAAAAGAUGGAGAAAACCCACUCACUGCCCGUAUCACCAGAGACACCAAGACAAUUUAUCUAUAAGAAUGUCAUCUAA